AUGGAGGUUGAAGUUGGAGACCGAACUCAUGGUGUGGCUUCAACAUCAUCAAAUCAGAGAUCGCGUUUUCCGCCGGGCUACCGUUUUAUGCCGACCGAUCAAGAACUCAUUGUUGACUACUUAGCCAAAAAAGUCAACAAUGAGCCAAUUCCAGUUGCUGAGAUGAGUGAGGUCAUUCUUUACGACUCUCCACCGUAUCUCCUCGCCGAAAAUUACCCUCAACUUGGAGAUAAAGAAUGGUACUUCUUCACUCCACGCGACCGUAAAUAUCCAAACGGAAACCGACCAAGUCGAUCAGUUGAAGAGGUAGGCUACUGGAAGGCUACAGGAGCCGAUCGGGCAAUUUUCUCAGCCAAUGGCGAAAUAAUCGGGAGGAAAAAGGCUCUUGUUUUUUAUGUGGGAAAACCUAGGCCUGGGGAUGCAACCAAGACCAAUUGGAUCAUGCACGAGUAUAAGCUCAACACUCCUUCCAAGAGCCCUAGUUGUAAUGACAAGAGGUUGGAUGAUUGGGUCCUAUGCCGGAUUUACCAAAAGCCCAACCGGUCGAAUAAGAAACAAACGGAUGCGGAUGAUCGUGUUGCGGACGAGGAGGACUUAGAGAGCCCGUUUUUCUCCGAGAACAACGAAAUCAAAGAAAUCGAGGCCCAUGAAACCAAUGAGUUGGUCAUCAUGGACCAAGUGACUUUGAAUGCUAUUCAAGACAAUAGUUCGAUUUUGAUGAACAAUAGUUUUAUCAGAAACGUUGAUGGAUACCAUCAUCAAGCUCCGGAUAACAUAUACAUUAAUUACCCAUGCACCAUAUUUGACCACGGUGUAGCUGAUCCCAUUACAGCUGAUCCCAUUGCCGGUCGCGUGAGUUUGUAUGGUCAACAUGGCAGUUUAGUCAACCAUGGAAUGUUUUACGCUCCACAGUUUGUGACAAACCAACAGCCGAAUAUUGUGGGAAAUGAUCCAAUGGAAAUAUUGUUGUUUAAUCAAUAUCGGACUAAUAGCUAUGAUUCGCUUGACGACUAUUCCUCAGAUGUCAAUGUCGACAUAAAAUUUGCCGAUGGAUGUAUAAAUGGUGACGAGGGGCACGCUCCUUAUGAUGGUGGGGUCCAAAAGCCGGAUUGCUAA